GCUUCAAAUAAAAAAUCUACCAAAAAGGUCAAGAGGUCCACUAUAAAUGUCGCCUUUUACACAACAUCUUUUUAUUUCUUAUAUCUCCUCUUCGUUAUGUCGGAAGAAGAAAAUCCACAGACAAGUCUAGAGUUUUACUUAUAAAUACCGCCUUUUCUACAACAUUCUCUAGUAUAUCUUCUUCAUUAUCUCCGAACAACAAAAUCCUCAAAAAAUACUACCCGAAUUGAUAAUCCAAUGGUUGCACCUUUUUAUCGGAUGAAAGAAAAAGCUCGUGUGAUGCUUGUUGAUCACAACAAGGAGUUCGAUACUGAGAUGGUUGAGUUGCUAAAGUCGUGUGAAUUUAAAGUUAUGAUGGUUGGUAAGGCUUCCACAGCCAUGACAAUGCUCUCCAAAGAAAAAGAAAAAGUCGAUGUGAUGAUAAUCAAUGUCCAUUCACCGGACCAGCUUUCCUUCCACCUUUUGUCUCAAGCUGUGGCCUUGGAUAUUGUUUCACUCUUUGUAUGUGAUGAACACAAUGAAUUGUUAGCAAACAAGGCUUUAAAAGAUGGAGCUUACCUUUUUCUGAAAAGACCACUUGACGAGGGAAUUGUGAAAUACUUGUGGCAAUUUGUAUAUAGGGAAAAACACCAAAAGGAGAAAGCAAAUGAAGGGUCAGAAAUUGGUAACACUAAUGUUGGAGAUGAAGAACAAGCUGGAGAAAAGAAUCUUCCUAAUACUAUGGAACAAAGCAAUAAUAUUCAUGGGGUUGAAAAUGAUGUCGUAUCGAAUGAAAAAUACAAGCUGAGGAGGAAGAGAGAUAGAAAAAGCAUAAAAGAGACUAAUGAAGGAGAAAUCCAGAGUAGUGCUAAUAAGGUUGUUAGGCAAAGGCUUUGCACAAAAUGGACUGUGGAUCUUCAUGCCAAAUUCGUUGAAGUUGUGCAUGUGAAGGAAGAUGUUACCCGAAAAACAUUCUUGAGGUGAUGAAUGUGCCUGAUCUUACUAGGACGCAAGUUGCAAGCCAUCUUCAGAAAUGUCGUAAUAACAAAUGGAGAGCUCUAGAAGAGCGAAAAUAUAUUCGUCGGCCAUCAGGUAAAGGGUCCUCAAGUGAUUCUCUACAAAGAAGUAGCCUUAGAAAAGUUGGGACAACGUCUCGUCUUGAAAAGAAUGUUUCAAAUCAGCAACAGCAACAACACCGUAACCCAGAUCAAACCCAAAGAGCCAAAGAGUUCUCAUUUUCAUCACUUCAUACCAACAACAGUUUUGCUAGAGGAGAGAGUUCAACUCAACAGCGGCUCUAUCGUCGAAAACUUCAGGUUCAACCCCACUACCUUAGCAUUGGAAACCCAUUCAAUAACUCAUUUUUAUCGACCCAAAGUAAUGUUGGUGAUGGACUACAACAACAUGGACCAUUAUUUGGAAUGGUGGAUUCACAAGGACUAAAAGACCCAAUUAUUGGGAGCAUUAAUAAUAGGCCUGGGUUGGAGCUUAACAAUAGGGAUCAUCAUACUCACAAUGGCUACAGCUUAGAUCUCAAUGCGGCCUAUGUAACAACUUAUUCAGGUAGCACAAUAAUGUCCGGUAUACACAAUGGAAAUGCGACAAUUAAUGAAUUAGAAGCAGCAAAUGCUAAUUUCCAGCAAUAUAUUGGCGAACCAAACAUGUCUGAUCCAACCAAUAUUGUCGUGACAUCACAAGCGAGUGAUACUAAAGGAAGUGAUUCAAAUAAGAUGAAAAAUUAUGGUGCGAAUUUCGAUUUCAAUAAUAUAGAUUAUAUCUUCCAGAACCUUGGACCUCCAGGUACUGACCUACCUUAUGAACAAGGCAGUGCGUUUGAUCAAGUUUAAUCUGAUGAUUAGGGACAAGGUUCUUAAACAAUGGGGCGGACCAAAGAGAAGCUUGAAGUCGCGCAGUGAAAGUUUUUUUAUCAUAUGUGGUAUGCAUAUAAUGGAAGUUUAUGCUUAAUUGAGCAUAUGUAUAUGCAUACAAAACUGAAGUACUAUGUACUUAGUAUAUAUGCAGUUGACUUUCAAGUAAUGAAAGUAUUUAUAAUGUUC